AUGGUGAGGAGAUAUGGUGAGGAGAUAAGAAGAUCAAACCCAAGAUCAACUGUGAAAAUUGAUGUCAAUACUAUGCCUGAUGGGAAAAAUUAUUUUAGUAAGUUUUAUGUAUGUUUUGAGGGACUAAAGCAAGGGUGGAGGGGCAGUUGUAGAAGAGUAAUUAACCUGGAUGGCUGUUUCCUUAAGGGGCUAUGUACUGGAGAGUUAAUAACUGUUGUUAGAAGGGAUGCUAAUAAUCAUAUAUUUCCAAUUGCAUGGGCAGUUGUGUGUGUUGAAAACAAAGAGAAUUGGAAAUGGUUUUUGGAAAAUUUAAAAGAUGACUUAGGAAUGGACAAUGGUUUUGGAAUUGCAUUGAUGUCAGAUCAGCAUAAGGGACUAUUGGAAGCUGUGAAGGAGAUUUUGCCUACUGUUGAACACAGACAGUGUGCAAGGCAUUUUCAUUUGAGCAUGAAAGGCAGUUCAUCGCCAGAUUUUGAACCAUGUCCAUCAAUUACAUCCUUGUUGAAUCAAUUGAAAAAAGAUCAAAGAUAUUGGCAGGUUUUACCAACUGGUUUGAACCAAUUUGAGACAAGAAACUUAGCAGAGUCUUAUGUCGUUGACUUAGACAAGAAGACAUGCUCUUGUAGAGUUUGGCAACUAAAUGGGUAUGGGUGUGUGCACUCAGUUGCAACUAUUAGUUACCUAAACAGAGAUGUCGGAAGUUAUGUGGAUCCCAUGUUCUUUGGAGCUUUUUAUAGAAAUGCUUACAAGUAUCCACUGAGAGGGAUGAAUGGCAGCAAUAUGUGGCCAAGUACCAAUUUCAUACCACCACUGCCACCUUUGAAAAGGAAAAUGCCAGGCAGGCCUAAAGUCAAUAGAAGGAAGGACCCAAGAGAAAAGACUACUAGACACACCAUGUCAAAGGUUGGGAAGAAAAUUCUAUGUAGUGUGUGUAAACAAGUUGGUCACAACAAGGCUACAUGUCCUAAAGUUGAGAAGCCCAAAAAACUCAAGGUGAAGAGAAAGAGAUCAACUACUAAAGGUGGUAAUGAAGAGGAAGGAAGUGGUUCAAAAACAACAGUUGCACGUAAACGGAAGCAAUCAGAGAGGAUUAUAAAGAAAAAAUUGGCAAAAAGGGUUGAAGAGAAAAAUGGAGAAGGAAAUUUUGGUGAUAAUCCAAUGAAUAUUGAAUAGACAUAACUAUUAUUUGGUAGUGUGUUAAGACUAGGUUGGUUGUUUGAUG